AUGUCGCCCGCGGUAUCCGAAAUGUUACUUAUCAAUGCCUUUUUUUUUCUCUCCCUCUCGCUCGAUAUAGGAGCGUUUCCGAGGCGGAUCGGUCAUCCCUAUCAGAAUCGGACGCCACCGAAGAGGAAGAAGCCGAGGACGAGCUUCACCAGGCUGCAGAUCGCGGAGCUGGAAAAGCGCUUUCACAAACAGAAAUACCUGGCCUCCGCCGAACGGGCGGCGUUGGCGAAGUCGCUGAAGAUGACGGACGCCCAGGUGAAGACCUGGUUCCAAAACAGGCGGACGAAAUGGAGGAGGCAGACGGCGGAGGAGAGAGAGGCCGAGAGGCAAGCCGCGAAUCGGCUGAUGCUGUCCCUGCAGGCCGAGGCCCUCGGCAAGGUGGCGUACCCGACGUCGGUGUCCGCGCACCCCGGCGGCGCCCCGGUGUCCAGCCUGGACAGGCAGCAGGCAUCGACGACGGCCCUAACUCACCCGGUUGGCCAGUGGGCCUCCCCUUACGGCCCGCCGCAGCCCCUGGCCGAGCCGAUUUGCUGA